GAUUUAGAACAACUCAUCCAUCGAUACUCGUACUUGUUGUACAUCCAUUGAUACAUCCAUUGACACAUCCAUUAUAUAUAUCCCUUAUUCAUCAUAAAUACCAUCACCAUCACCACUACCAGCAACAAUCGUCCUGUUUUGAAACAACCCUCGGACUUUUCCAUUUAUCCAUUAGGGGAAUAUCAUUAUCGAAUUUCGACCAAAAUAUCCCCGUUGUUGAAGUAACGACACACCAACCACAUCGACUUCUAUUUAUUCCACGUGAAGUUCGGUAGGGAAGACGACGUUCUGUAACGGCAACGUAUAUUUUAUACAUCACCCAUCUAUCAGCUGCCGUCUUCUCACAAGAGACCUAUCUAUCUAUUCAUACCUAUUCAUCUGCCCAUCCACCGCCCUCACUCACACUCACACUCAGCCUACCUGCCCACCCAUCGACCUCCCAACCUACAGAAUAUCUAUCUGGUAUACGAUAAUAGGACGAUUCAUCACCCCUGGUCCAUACCAAUCGCCUCCCUUGCCGCCAUCAAGAGACCCGUUUCUCUGCACCCACGCAGGAACCAAUCAAUCCAGCCCUCACGUCCCAAAAAGUGGGCAGGAGAAGAAAAGAAAGAAAAAAAGAUUAAAAAAAAUAAAAAACCCAAGAAUUAAUACCAACUUGGAAUCCCCCAGUCUUUCCUAGGCGUGAGAAUCAUACAGAAAUCACACAUCCACGCCAUCUGCUACAUUCCGAAGGACCUUGUGCCCAAUUAAAAACGAUAUAAUCAAUUAACCCGUUGUUACGAAGAUCAUAUUGCAGGAACAACAAACCUUAGACCCCUUCUUCGUCAGAUUUCCCGCGUCGCAAGACUAAUUUGUUCCUCCCACCCUCCAUCUGCUGCUGCUCAGCACUCAACCAACGCAACGCAACGCAACUACCGACUAGAGCAUCAUACAAACAACAAUUCCUCACAUUUCUCUCUCGUCUUGUUCUGCACACUCCAUAAACUCUCUCUUCAUAACAAUAACAGUAACUUCUUGAAAACGUCUCUUCAUUUUAUAAAUCAUUAAUCAUGGGCUACGAAACUCGCGGAAAACAAUUGAAUUGGGGAGUGAUCGGUAUAAAUUUACCACAAACUCACGCUGAGAAAGCGGCCGCUCGACUUUCACCGCCUUCCAUAGCGACGUCGACAUCAGAACAGCAACUUUCGAAGAAACGUUCACGUCGAAGUUCAUUCUCACUGUCGCCUCCACCAAAACGAAAGAAUUACACAAUUCCUGAAGAUAUUAACACGCCGCCACUUUCACCACCAGCCGAUGAUGGCCCAUUCGAAAUUCACAACGUCCGAAUAAAAGAGGAGGCGAAAGAGAAGAAAAUAGCCAUUGAUGACAUUAAGCUCGAGGAGGGUACAGAGAGUAAAUCAACGGCUGGAGCGGAUGAGGAGAAGGAAGAAAUCAAAGAAAUCGACUUGACUGAAGUAAAGGACGAAAUUGUCGAAGGAGUUAUUGUUCAAUUACAAAAAACUCGCAAUAGACCUCAUUUAGUCAAGGAACUUGCAGCUAUUUUGUCUCCGACCGUCAAAAUCGUGGAACAGUCUGCCAAUCCAUGUGCAAUCAUUUCCUCUCGACUAUCCAACUAUCUCAAACGACCAUGGACCGCAUCAUCACCUUGUCCAGUAGGAAAAGAAUUGGAAACUGUACACCCGAGAAGAACAUACUUUUACUUGACCACUUACUCGCAUCAACCAUUUCCUGAUCCUGCACAAUUAGCUCAACGUUCGAUUAUCACUCCAUCUAUCUCAAGCGCAGAUUCGAUAGAUGAACCAGAACGAACGCGUGAUGAUUCGCCUGAAGUCGAUUUAUCCUCCGAGGAAUACGACGAUGACGAUUCAGUUACACCACCAACUCCAACUGGUUCCUUUGCCGGUCGUUUCGAACGCCCCGUGAGAAACAAUCGUGCUGCAUCGGUUGGUCUUGAGAAAGAUGAGAAAGAAUUCACACAAACCGCUCGUGGAAUGCAAAAGCGAAGAUUCAGUGGCGAGCCACCAUCAUCAUCUUUGGCGAAACCAUCUGAUAUGAACGAUAUGCCUUCAAAUAUUUCAGAUACCCCGAUGAAAUCUGUGGAAUCUGACCCAUUUUUUGGAGAAAGCCGAGGUGGUUUGAAUGCCUCGUUGUUAAAUACGCCAGGUUUUAUGAAUAGCCCCGCUAUGAAACCUGUUUUUGCGUCGAAAAAAUCAUGGGAUGCAACUGUGGAAACUUCUCAAGCGAAUUGGGCGCCAGCGAAGAUUGACACAUUAGAUUGGGAUACGAGAAGUCCGGAAAACAUCGAGUUGGAUGAAUUAGAUGGCAUGCUUGAUGGAUUUUAGAUUCUCAAUCUUUUCCUUUUUUUUUUAUGAUUAUACGCACACGAAAGAUUCUACCAGUGUUGGAUCAGGAAUCAUUGAUUCCAUUGUAUAAAUAUUUUUUACUUGCUACUUGAGAUUUCUGUUGGGAGAGUUGUACGAUUUUUUUAUUAGAAGAGAUGGAAAGAUGGGGGUGAAUGGACUGGAAAAUGCGAAUACAAAAGGAAAGACAAAACAAAACCGGUCCUGGGGAUUAUUAGGAUAUUUUGGAGGCACUCUCGUUUUUUUCUGCAUGAGAUACUAUUUGUUUGAAGUCGGGUUUUUCUGCGAUGGCGCUCAGGAUGGUGGAUUUUUUUUUUCGGAGUGCGUUAUGUCUUAGCCUCUUCUCUUUUUUGUAAACAAUAACUUUCAUGACCGAGAUGAUUGGAGAUGGAUGGAUUUGGGAUAUGAUAUGGUCAUGUAGUCGUAAGACCAUUGGGUUAGGAAAAGGAGGGAGAUUUGGGAAUGGAGGAUGUGAAAUGAUCGUUACAUCAAGUUGAGCGGUCGGGUCAUAAAAGCGUAUGAAUCAGAUGAACAUGGGGGAAUACGAAUUUCGACGGAUAUACACAUUUUAGGAUGAAAUCAAUUUCCUUGCAAAGAGAAAAUAAGUCGGGAUGGAAAAAAGAUAAUAGGAUAUAUAUAAACA